AUGAAGUUCCUUUCUUUCUGCGCCCUCUCUUUCGCCGUCAGCUCAGCCGUGGCAUCCACGACCAGCGAUAUCGCCCCUAUCGAUAUCUCGUCCCUUGCCGGUGGGUACACCUCCAAGGUCAAUACCGAUGCUGGUACGGCCGAAGCAAUCCGAAAUACACUAGCCAUGUAUGCUUUUGCUGUUGAUGGCAAAGACUUCGACGCCCUUAGCAAGGUCUUUACUACCGACGCGGUAGCCAACUACUCGGCGCCCCUCAACGUGUUGACCCCGCUGAAAAACAUUCAAUCUGUGCUGGGCACGAGUUUGAAAUGUGUAUCCACGCAGCAUAUGUAUGGUACACAGCGGAUUGAUGUACUGUCCCCCAGCACGGCCAAGUCGGUUACUUACUACCGUGCUGCCCACUUCGGGAAAGGAGACAAGGCAAAUGAUGUGGCCUAUGCCUAUGGUCAAUACCAGGAUAACUGGCAACGUCAGUCUACCGGUGCUUGGCGUAUUGUUCACCGGAAUCUUGUUUAUAUGGGUCCCAACAUUGGUGACUUGUCUGUUUUUGUGUGCUGA